AUGCCGGUUUCUCAUAUGACAUUGACCGUCUCAAAUCUCCCGAGUUCGACCUCUUUCUUCUUAUCAUGUCUCCAGCCGUUGGGAUACCAGUUCAUUGGUCGUCAUGAUGAAUACAUUGGUUUCGGACAGAGGCCAGGAGAGCCAGCCGAUUUCUGGAUCACAGAGAAGAAGCCUGGGUACGUAAUAGGCCGUAAAGAUCGCCCUGUAGGGGAAGGUUGGAAGGUCGCGCCUCCAAGCGCCGUCCAUAUUGCUUUCCCCGCUCCCUCCAAGGAUGCGGUCAAUUCGUUCUUCAUCGCUGCACUGAAAGCCGGCGGCUCGAUGCACGCCGAGCCGAAGACGCGGGACCAACGCAGCAUGUAUCACAACGCAACUGUGGUCGACUUGGAUGGAAACAGCAUCGAGGCCGUGUAUCGGAAUGACCUGGUCGCUCCGGCAUCGCAAGCCGGGGGUCCUACCAUAGCUCAGCUCGACAACCGAUCCGUCGUGUCGAAGAGCAAGGCCAGCACAAAACCCGAGAGCGUGAAGGCUGAAAGCGUGAAGGCCGAGAGCUUUGUCCCGACAAGAACGGUCGUGACCAAGACAAUAUCGAAGCCCGACGAGGAUAGCAAGACGGCCAAGACACUUGUCGGAACGCUCAUUGGUGCUGCUGCCGGUGCUGCGAUUGCCUACGCAAUGGUGAAGACUCGCGAAGACUCGGUUCAGAAGUUUGAGAACGCAUUCGAGGUUGAAAGCACCCCGGAGGAUCCCUCCCCAUCAUAUGCGCCAGAACAACAGCGCCUGAUGGCAGCGCCUUCUGAAUACUCCCGAGCCGAAUCUCAGAUGCGCCCUACCAUGCGAGCCAUCGAAGCACCUCCUGCACGCAGCGUCUACUCUGCCGUCCCACGCUCCACAGUCAGCCGCAGCGUAGCCUCCAAGAAUCCCCGCGCCAGCACCGUCUACGAAGGCACCGAGUUUUACAGCGACCCUAACCGCCGCGCCUCAGACGGCAGCAUCAUCAGCAUCCCGGAGGACUUGCCGCUCCGUGCAAUCGAGUACCCGCCCAGCAUCAGCGGCUCGCGCUACAAGCAGCCCUGCAACCCCAGCACCUUCAUCAGCAGCUACGCCGCCGAUAAGCCGCGUGCCGGAAGCGUGCACUCGGCCUCCACCAUCAAAGCCUCGCAGCACCCCAGCCAUCUCUCGCGCCGCCACAGCGCAGACGAAAGAGACACUUACUCCGUCCACAGCGGCAGCCAGCACACUUCCAUCUACCGCCCUGCUGCCACAGUCCACAGCGGCCACUCUGCCCGGGAAAAGGCCCCCAGUGCCUUCUCGGAGACCAAGUCGGCUCGCAAUGUCCCCCUGCCCGCGGGCUCCUCUCGCUCCGUAUACUCCGCCGCGCAAAGCAACACGGGGAAAUCCUACGUGUCUGCGCGCGAAAUCCCUCUGCCGAACUCCGUGCUCGAUCUUGACGUCGACUCGAUCGUGACACCCGACGACUCCAUCAGCCAAAUUGGCAGCCGGUCCGGACGGUCCAAUCACUCGCGGCACUCGAAGUCCUCCAAACAUUCCUCGCGCUCGAAACAUGAGAACGGCGAGGGCAGUCAAGUGUCUCGGUCUUCGCAGCGCACCGUCAGGGCUAGUGAUAGUAAGGCUGGUUCGAAGGCACCUAGUCGGUUGGGCAGCCAGCUUGUAUAA